GAAAAGAUAAAGAUGAAAAUCCAAGUGGAAUUGUGACAACACUUGUUCAUUUAACGAAGUACGAGAUUAGUGAAUCUUCGCCUACGUACAAUACUACCUACGGAACUCCACCUACUGUUCUCCAGACGCGUUUAUUAUGGAGCAACGUAAUCUACGGACUACUCUUCAUCUCUGUCGGACUAUUGGAGGUGUUCUACGGGUAUAAAUAUAUUCGAAUUACUUUGCUCGUUAUGGGAUUUCUUUUCUGGUCAAGCACGGCAACGGUAACCAUAUUAAUGAUUGAUAAUGCCUAUAAUACUACACAUUCUGUUUUCUUUUAUUUCAUAAUGUGGCUGUUGGUCGGGACAACCGGAGGAUUGCUAAGUUUCUUCUGUUGGCAUCUGGGACUGAUGUUGACUGCUGCAUACGGAGCUUUUGCGUUCUCAGUAUCUCUCUUGGCAGUGGGGCAUGUAAAAAUAGCUGCUAUCAGAUACACCAUUAUAGGGAUUUUAAUCAUAGUUGCCUGCCUAAUAACUCACAUUUACUUGAAAGACGUGAUUAUUGUUUCCACUUCCAUCGGAGGCUCGUUCACUGUCCUUUAUGGUGUCGACGAAUUUAUCCGAAUAGGCUUCCGUGAUUCGUUUCAGCUGUUUUUUACUGAUGGCGAAUGGAGAUUUACACCAAAUGCAGGAAUAUAUGUACUAAUAGCGUGUGGAUUUGUGUUGGCUGUUUGUGGAAUGAUAUACGAGUAUAAGAGCCACCAACAUGUCAUUCCGGAUAUAAAAUGGAAUUGUGGAUGGACAAAAGAUAUACAAGAUGAUGAACAGUCGAACGGGCAGGGAGAACGAGAGAAGACAAAUGAAGUGAAUGGGACAACCUCAAAGAGCACGAAGAGCAGUAAUGUUGAGUGUGAAAGAGAUCUUGAGAACGGCAUCAGUGCUCCGUCCGUUCAAAACGGGCAGGAGGAGCAUGUGAAGAACAAUAAUAAUGAUGGAUGGGCAAAGAGUGUGUUUGGAUGGUUACGCUGA